UUUCUCUUCUUCAAAGUCAGUCAACAAACCCGUCAAAACAGUCAACAAAAAUCGUCUGUUUUUCGGUUUUGAAAUUCGGGAUUGAUUUUUUGUGUCCUUUUUUAUUGAAGAUUUUAACUGAGGAAGUGGAAGAGGAAGAAGAUGACGAGGAGAUCGAGUCUGUUGAGAAAUUUGAGGGAUUCAUGAAGGUGAGACUGUAUUCUAGCAGUGCGAGAUGAAGCUCAGCGGGCUGUCUCACCUGCUGGUGGAGCAGAUAGCAGUUGUAACGGCUAUAUUAGCGUACCUCUCUGGCAUAAUCACCGUGAGACCGCAGCCAUCGCCAGUGGAGGAUGGAAUGACUGCCGAUGAAUAUAGAAUAGGUGGGUCUGAUUCCUCACUCCCUCCCUCCAGGCUGCAAAAUGACUCCCACCUCACCAUCGACAAGACAGUGCUGAUUGUGAUUGAUGCGCUGCGAGCUGACCAUGUGAGCGCAACCAAUCAGCCGCUCAUGCCCUACCUUCAUGGCCUCAUCGCCAAGGGAGAGGCUUACAGUUAUGUAUUGCGCACGGCCACUCCGACUGUGACUCUCCCUAGGAUCAAGUCCCUGGUCGCGGGAACAAUUCCGGGGUUCAUGGAUGUCAUUGAUAACUUUGGUGCGGUAGAGCUGACGGACGACAACCUGAUCCAGCGCUGGGUGGACAAGGGCAGGCGGGUACACUUCUUCGGAGAUUCUCUGUGGACCAAAUUGUUCCCCACGCAGUUUAGCAAGCAGGAGGAGGUGACCUCGUUCUUUGUGACGGAUUUCACUGAGGUUGACAGAAAUGUGACGCGGAACGUGCGAGCUGCCCUGACCUCCUCAGACUGGGACGUCCUUGUGCUGCACUACCUUGGCCUAGACCACAUUGGCCAUGUAGAGGGACCCAUGAGUGCCCACAUUGGACCUAAGCUGCAGGAGAUGGACAAGGUUGUGAAGGAGAUCCACACAGCACUUGAGGAAAAGGGAGACCGAUAUUUGAUAACAAUCUGUGGAGACCAUGGAAUGAGUGAUGCAGGAGGUCACGGAGGGUCAUCGCACUCUGAAGUCACCACGUCCGCUGUGCUGCUCUCAAACACUUUUGGGAAAUUCAGCCCUGGCAAGACACGCGAAGUGAAGCAGGUGGACCUCGUCCCAACGCUUGCCCUCCUGACAGGUGUCUCCAUCCCAGACGGGAACAUUGGCAGGCCAUUGACUGAGGUCCUGUCUCACAUGGGGUUGGAGAGGAGGAUGCUUCUGCACCACAGGGCGGCCAAGCAGCUCCUAGCCAUUGCAAGGGGGUCUGGCCUCUUUUCGGCGAAUGACAAUGCCGAGCUGAUCUUCGAGGAAGCCAGACUGUCCUUUCUGAGCAAGAGCGAUAACCUGGAGGCGGAAAGGGUCUGCCGCUUUUACCAAGAGUGCCAAGAAAUGGUAUCGGAUGCCUUGUCCUCCAAACUGCAGAGUUACGAUCUCAUGGCCAUCUUUGCCUCUAACGUCGCUGUCAUUCUGACCUUCACCGUGUGCCUGUGGAGGUUGCUGACGUACCCUCCUGAUGUGAGAGAGGUGGGAUGGGCUAAUGUGUGCUGGUGCGCAGGUGGGACAUUCCUGGCCUGGCUUCUUUGCUGUGCCACCAUUCCUGGCUCGUGUGUGUGCCACCUGCUGCAGCCGACUGCCUGGCUGCUGGGGCUGACUUUUGUGUACGUGCUGGUGAUGGCAGGGCAGGUGUUCCUGGCAGGGAGUAGCAAGAGGAAGCAGCGAGUGAGUGCCAUAAAGCCCUUGCAUCAGUUCCUGCUUGUAGGCACGGGAUUCCACACACUGAGCCUUCUGGGGACAAGCCUAGUGGAGGAGGAGCACCAGACUGUCUACUUUUUACUCAGUAGCCUCCACGUGGGCUUCAUCAUCAGCCUUGUCAUCCAGAUCAAGCGCAAGGUGCUUAUGAGGACUCACUCUGGCUCAGGUUGGCACGGCUCGGACAGCUUCGAUGCUGGAAGGCACAAGAUGGAUGAUGAUGACGUGGAUGAGGAUGUAACGGAGUUGCCCACACGGAUUGCGGGAAGAGGUUCAGAAGGAGGCACGUGGAUGCAGACCCUGCGAAGAACACCCGUCAAGCUGCUUCUUUUGUCGGUGGUGAGCCUGUCCCUGAGUCGCCUCAUGAGGUCAUGGAAUUCCACUGGGGACAAGUGGAAACACCUGGAGGACCUAGGCGAUGGGAUACGUGCUGCUGGGGGCUAUGUCCUUCUUGCAGUGGUUCUGGCAGGUCUGGUUGUGGCAAUCUUCAUGUUCUCGCAGAACUGCCUGCCCCUCGUGCUGGUUGCCUGUGCAUGCAUCUUUGGCCGCCACUUCCCACUCAGCUCCUCAGGGGGUGUCUUGGAGGCCCAGUUCACACACUUUGUCAUUAUCAUCCUGUUUGUGUAUGGACUGCUGAAGGCAAAACUCAUUGACUUUAAGACCCCCAACUCUAAGACCAAGAGCAACCUGGAUGUGUUCGAGCCGGAGGAGGAGAAGAUGACUGUAUUGCUCAGGUACAGUGUGACGGCUCUAAGCCUGCUGUGUCUUCUCCUCCAGAGAGCAGACAACAUAGGGCUCUUGGCUCUGGUCAUGUUGCAGAACUACAUCAUGUCCUCUGUCUUGUGCAAACUUACUGGGACUGGGUUGAUCUCUUCGGGUGCAGCUGCCCUAGCAGUCAACUGGCUUGCGUUUGCUCAUUUCUUUUAUCAGGGUAACAGUAAUAGCCUGGCCACCAUAGACAUCAGUGCUGGCUUUGUGGGCGUCACCAGCUAUCGCCCUUUCGUUCAUGGAGCUCUCAUUGCGACGCAGACUUUCGGAGGAACUUUCCUCACCUAUCUCAGCUACCUCAUGCACAUCAUCUCGAGGGAUGCGCAGAAAGAGAGAUGGCAGUAUCCCUUGUUUGUGUGGUGGACUGUAAGGCUUGCCACCGUGAGUCUCUACCUGGUCAACGUCACCUUCCAGCGGCAUCACCUCUUCAUAUUGUCAGUGUUCACGCCAAAGCUCUUGUAUGAAGGGGCUCACUUGCUUGUUCUGUGUGUCCUCACCUUGUUCAUGUGGAGUGUCGAAAAGAUCUGCACGGUGUUGGAGGUAAGUUACAGAUUUGAGUAAGGAAGUGGGAAGUUGAGUUGAACAGAGGAGGAGGAAGGUCAACAAGGUCUAUGAGGAAAUUUUCUUUUGAGUUGAGUUGAAGUGACAGGGUCUCUUGGUGUAAAUGAAAAUUUUGAUUCCUAUAGUCCCUUUAAUAUUAGGAGUUGUCUCUUGUGGGACAUAUGGAAGGGUAAGAGUGGGAAUGUUAAUGGAUGAUGAAAGAAGAAAUGGUUGUGAGUUUCUGUGCAUCCUGCGCUUUUAUUUUUAUUGUCUAGUCCUGUACAAAGUUCAUGCAAAGGAGUAAGAUGAUGUACAUAUUGUAUUGAAUUCCAUUUAAUGUCCCUCUUUAAUACUGUUAACUUUUAAUAGGAGGUUUAAUAAGCCUGAUAGCUUCUUUUUGUUGUGAAUAUUUAUAAUCCAGGCAUUCUCAGAAAACUACUUAUAAGCCAUAAAGGUUAUGGAAUGUGAUGGACUAGAUAGAAAUGUUUGCCUAAAUAGAGCUAAUGUUUCUUACUUGAAAUAAUUCUUUGUCUCAAAUAGGGGUCACAGUAGUGUGCAGAGGUCAAGCAUUUGAUACUUUUUAUAUGAAUUAUUUGUUUUUAAGUCUUCAUUGUUGGAAAUAUUAAUGCCAUUAGAUGUGAGAAGAAAAAUGGUUGUUGUGUUGUGCAUUAUUUUUGGCUUGUACGUUUUUAUGUGAUUAAGUUUUUACUAUGCAGCAUUGUGCACAUUGUGUUGGCUUAUAUUUGAUUCAUCAUCAUUCUUUAUGUAAAUUAUGCUUGAUUGGCAAAUAUCUAUAAUUUCUGAUAAAUGUCCAAACUACGAAUUGAUUUGUGAAUCUUCUGUGCAAGUAAUUUAAAGUUUUUAAUACCUUGAGGAGAAUUCUUUACACCUGCUAAUUAGGCAGUUUCUUAAUUCCCAGACAUUGCAAUUAGAGUGGUGCUCAUACCUACCCAGAAACCAGUUAUGUGUUUAUCAUCUUAUAACAAUUAGGAAUUAAAUGUUGUGUUAGGCUUUAAAAGAUAAUUCCACAAAUUGUUUUUAUUUUGACAUUUUAUUCAUUUCCCAAAGUGUUUUUAUUAAUAGUAGUAUUCAAGUUAUAUGGUCAAAUUAUUUUCUGUGAAGGAUGUCCUGAACUCAUUUCUUCAUUUUGAAUAAAAACAAAAGUAGCAGCUUAUAAACAUAUAAGGAAUUUAAACUACGAUAUAGUCAGUGAGGCUUUGAUAUCAUAGCAAGCUUUUUAAAUUAGAUCAGUGAACUUUGCACGUGUAGUACUUUUUUAUCUCUACUUUCUUGUGAAUAUUGUAUCUAUUUUGUGAUAAUUAGAAUAGGAAUUUUAGACAGCUAGACAACAUAUAUUGAGCACAUAGAGAUUUAACAUUUCUAAUCCCAUUGGCUGUGCACUUUAUGUAUAAUUCUUACAAUUAUUAUAACAAAGGAAAAGGAAUUUAAAGAUAUGCUGUGUCUUGUGGUUUAACAUAGGAUUUACAAGUAGGUAAUCCAUUUUCUGAAUCUUGUUGUAUCUGCUACAUGCUACAAAAUAUUUAAUUAACAUUUCAGAAUUAUAUAUUUGUGGAUGUAAAUUACACAACUUACACAAUGAUAAUAUUACUUAUUAUUAUUUUUUCUUUUGGAGUGAUAAAGCCAGUGUUGUAUUUAGGAGUAGGGUUAUUUUUAUAGACAUUUUCAUAGAAUCUAGAGAUCUUUGGGAACAUAUUUUUGUUGAAUUGUUAAAAAGGUACUGUGUUACUGUUGUCUGUUUGAUGAACCUUAUUCAUGUUGACAAAUGUAGAAAAGUGUGAAUGAGAAUGAAUACAUCUCUUGUAUUGUUAAGAUAGUCAUUCUCAUUCAUACUUUUCUAUAUAUGUUGUUUGAUUCAAACGUUCAAACUUUUUAUGUAGAAGAAAAAUAGGAUUUCAUAAAAUCUUCAGCUUUUGAAUACAGCUUUUUGUAUUUUGAUUUUAUAGAAAUCUGUUUUGCCAAAUGGUACUUGCACAGUUAUUUUCAAAGUAAUCAGUGAAUGGAAGAUCUUUUUCCACCAAUGGAUAUUUCAUCACCCAUUUCCUAUUAGGAUAAAGGAAAGGAUUGGCUUGUGCAAAAUGAUAUGUUUAUUUCACAUUCCACAGAAAUUAUAUUUACAGUUUUACAGUGUUACAAUAUGAAAACAGCCUACAUUAAAGUUUACACGUGGAUGCUGUAGUCGUUAGCUGUGCGUGGCCCAAAUGUCCGCCUGAAAUUAAGAGAAAGGAGAGUCAGUUGUAAUAUUUAGACAUAUGCAUGUAUGCACGUAUGUAUGCACGUAUGUAUGCACGUAUGUAUGCACGUAUGUAUUUAUGUACGGAUGCAUGUAUCAAUGUGUGUACGUUUACAUGUAUCUACAUGCACGCAUCCAUGUAUAUACAUAUAUAUGUAUCAAUUUUUGUAUAUAAAUAAAUUCCUUUCACUGUGGUCAUUAUAAUUUUUUGUGUUUGUUUUGCAAACACAUCCUUCAUUUUUCAUCAGUAGCAAAAAGUCUCAGGUUUCGAUAAAACAGGACAACAGACAGGAAAUUCUGGCAGCCUCAGAUAUUUGUUUUCAUACUAAAGGGAUUUGUAAAUACAUCACAUAGAUUUUUAAAAGUUAUUUCAUGUUACAAGUUGUGUGAUUGGAUCAGAUGAGACAAGGAAUGUAUUUUUUCACUACCUAAGUAUGAGAAAUUUGGAAAGUUUUAUGUACUGUUAUGAGUUUAAAUGAGGAUAAGGUGUAAUUGUUCAAGAAAAAUGUAAGUGAAGUAAAAGCAAUAAAAUAUGAUUAAAGGAA